AAUUGCGCGUAUGGUCACAGCGGAACUCAGUUUUUCACAACAUUUGCAACUAUUCAACCAGAAAGACUAAACUCUGUGAAGGAAAAGUCAUUAUUUUUGAAAAAGUAAUGUGUUUUCACUACGUCGCGGAAGGAUCUGAUUUUCUCAAGCGAGGGUCGACACAUCCGCCCAGUUUUCCGAUGUUUCAUUCCCCCCCUAGUUGAAAAUGGAGUUCGAUUAAGCAGAUGUCCACCAACUUAUCAAGGGAUUUUAAUGUCUAUCUGCCUUUACUUACCGCGCCAGUAUUGAUACUGAAAGCAUUUUAAACAUUUGCUCGCCCUUUGGAUGCCUUUACUGCAUAUUACUUGGACACGUUGACGGAGCAACGCUGCACAGCGCUUUUUCAAGUGUUGUCCAGGACCUGAAGUUGGCGAGUGGAUGCUCGACAGCCAGCCAUAAAUAACCUGCCAAACAUUACAGCCUACAACAAAUUCUACAUUUUUUGAGGAUCUAUACAGUUUUUUUUCUCUCAAAUCGGGGAUCCGUGUUUGUCGAUGAGGAUGAUGCCGUUGGCUCAUUUGUUGUGGUCGGAUUUUACUUCCAGGGAGGAUAAAAUGAAUCAACGAUUGUCAUUCCUCCUCGCGAUUUAACAUUAGUCCCAGCCUGCAAAACUAAGCUAGCUUCACUUGGUUUUCACGUGAACGCUAAGUUAGGCAUGCCCGUUUUUACAUCGUUUACUUAUUAUCCUAAAUAAGGGUAAUUUCUGUUUGUGAAGGAAAAUGGUGAUUUUUGUGGUAUUUUAUCCCGCCGUCACUGCGUCGUCGAUGCUAUUGCUAGGAUUUGGAUCCCCGUGAGGAAAAAAUGAGUGAAGAUUCAACAAAUCCAAAUAACGAUGACAGUUAUGCGCGCGUGAGAGCAGUGGUCAUGACUCGGGAUGACUCCAGUGGUGGGUGGCUUCCUUUGGGGGGUGGAGGCCUUAGCUGUGUCACUGUCUAUAAGGUCAGCCGGGCAGAGGACAGCAGCAGCACCCACAGUGGAGGAAGUGGAGGAAGUGGCAGCAAUCUCAGCCCUUGUAGCCCCAGUCCUAGUCCCAGCCCCAGUCCCACAGCUGUCGAGUUCCACAUCAAGGGUGAAAGGCUCAAAGACAAGCUGGUGGUCUUGGAGUGUGUUCUGCAGAGAGAUGUGGUGUACAACAAAGUCAACCCCAUCUUCCACCACUGGAGGAUCAAUGAUAAGAAGUUUGGACUAACGUUUCAGAGCCCUGCCGAUGCCCGUGCCUUUGACCGAGGCAUACGCCGGGCCAUUGAGGACAUAACCCAAGGGUGUCGUCCAUUUGGGGAAGGAGACAUUCCAGAGGAUGGACUACCGGUGUGUGAUGAGCCUCCCUCGAUCUGUACUCCAAUGAAAGAGCCUUUCUCUCCUCUGAACAAUGUCGUCUCCACCGAGCCAUUCAGGGGCUGCUACGUCCGCGCUCAGCCCUUCGAUGACAACCGUCGCUACUUGCCGCCACAGUCGACCCGCCGUGUCAGUUUUAGAAUGGAUGAGGAGGAGAUUGUUCGCAUCAAUCCACGCAAAGAUGUGCUCAUCCGAGGCUACGAGGACUACCGCCACCCUGUCAUGGGCCGACGUGACACCGACCAUGAGGAUUUGGACUUUCACACCUCUAUUCACAAACUGGACAGUAAGAAGUGUGAGUACCUUUUCCCUGAUGGCCCUGGAGGGGACUCCCACUCUGGCCCUGGUAUGGGUAUAGGAACAGGUAUGGGCCUGGGCCUUGGCAAGGACACAGCCAUUAAGACUCAGCCAUCACCCCUGCUGAAGUCAAAGAAGGGCCGUCGGCGAAGAGAAGACGGCGAGCGUUCUCGCUGCAUUUACUGUCGAGAGAUGUUCAACCAUGAAGACAACUGGCGGGGGCAGUGCCAAGAUGCCCCCGACCCAAUCAAGCAGUGCAUCUACAAAGUCAGCUGCAUGCUGUGUGCCGAGAGCAUGCUGUAUCACUGUAUGUCCGACUCGGAGGGCGACUUUUCAGACCCCUGCUCAUGUGACACAUCUGACGAGCAGUUCUGCCUGCGUUGGCUGGCCCUGGUGGCGCUCUCCUUCAUUGCGCCCUGCAUGUGCUGCUACCUGCCUUUGCGCGCCUGCCAUCACUGUGGCGAGGCCUGUCGCUGCUGCGGAGGCAAGCACAAAGCCGCAGGGUGACCUGACGCUGGACACUGGGACACCCUCAAAGCUAGCUAACUAAAGCAGUUAAUAAAAGCGGAAAAUGAAUAGCCGGCAUCCUUUUUUCAUUCCCCUCUCAGACGGGGUGAUAUGUUGUUGAUCCCCAGCUCUGAGGGCUUUUGGAGAUUUCAGUUUGUGUUUGUCGCCGACAAGCAGCAGUGGAGGACAAACCUUAUGCUUUUUGGGGGGACUCCGAGCAUCAAGCUCAGUGCAAGAGCUUAAUGUGACGAGAAGAGGAGGAGACAUCAUGAUUAACAGACUUGGAGAUGUUAUUACACACACCUGUACACACAAACACACACACACCUGUCUCACACUCAACCCUCAUACAUUGAUGAAGCAAGACCACAAAUAUCAGAACUCUGCCACAAGUAAUCUGUAACUUUAUGAAGGAUAAAUGUCUUUUGUACAGACAGCAACAACUUGAUGACCAAGAACAAACAAAACUAUACUGUGUUGAGGAAAAAGUACUUGGUGUUUGAGUCUGCUAAAAGGGAUAUGCUCUUGCUUCUUUGUAAAUUUGCAGUUGGGUAACAGUGGCCUUUCCUUCAUGGCUUAAACAUUUGCAGACAAUGUAAUUACUAGACAAAGAAAAGUGCACUAAAUGGUAUCCCCUGAGUUAAGGUAACCUCAAAUUCUUGUGGUAUAUAAUCUGACAUUUUUAGUGUAAUUUUUGACAUUUGAGAUGUUUCUUUGAUGGAUGUAAGGCCAACUAAUUUCUUUCAUUUUAAAAGAAAAAUAGCAAAUAGAAACUUUUUUUUCUUUUAGGUACAGCCUGGCAGAAAUCUUGACAUGCAAACACACUUUCCUGUAGUGUUUCAGACCACUGGAUUGCAUUCCAAAAGAAAAGGAUCGAUUCUAUAAUUAGAAGGGAAAAAAUGGUAAUGCUACCAUAUUUAAGUCCCUAAAAUAAAAUAGUUUUACUAGCUUCCACAUUAGAAAAUCUUUUGACCCAUUUAAAUUUAAAUGAACACAUUACAGUAUCAUUAACCCUGAAAUGUUUUAGCCCAUCUAUUUACUGCCUUAGUGAAGUUGUUUUUGUUUUUUUUCCUGUUCAUUUUUGUAAUUAGUUUUGAAUCAAAGGCUGAAAUGUUGCUCAACCAGCAAGUUUUGUUUUGGUUAACCAAGGGGUUACAGUACUCCUUGGUUAAAUGAUGAGGCACUUAAAUUAUGGCGUUCUUUGAUUAAGAGACCCUCUGAUUAUUUUAAUUAAUAUAGAGAUAAAAACCAUAAAUUUAAAUCUAAAUCAUAACAGGGGGGUAUACCCGUCUUUAAAGCACUGCUCUCCAAGCUUUGGUUGCAGCACCCUCUCCAAAGUUCCAUGUUUGUCCUCUGACUCCGUUUUUUCCUCUGUUGUUUUGUCCCUGCAUAUGCUGUGCAAAUGUAGUACUACAUUGUUUGUUUAAAGUUCAUCCAUUCCUUCUCCUUUCUUGUGUUUUUAUUUUACAGGCCCUGAAUGAAUGAAUGCAUUUUUUGCAGAAUGCGGAUUAGUAUUUUAGCUAUUAAAAACAUAUAUGUGUGUAGGUGCGCUCAUUGUGUGCAUAAUAUCUACAUAUGCACGUUUGGGUUCUUCUUGUAACGCGACCACUAACAAGAUGUUUAAAGCUUUGACGCGGCUGCAUUAAAACAUGUUUGUCUACUGGACUUAAAGUGAACAUUAAAUACACUUAGAUGAUGAAGUUUAUGCCACCCUCAUUCCUUUGUGGCAUGAGUGUGGCAUCAUUCAAGACUGAAAACAAAUGGAAGCAGCUUUCCUGGCUCUGUCCAAACAUUAUUAAAACAAAUCUAUAAAUAUAUGAUUU